CACUUGUACAUGAAAUUCUGUAACCUGAAGAGAGGACAAGGGGAAGAAGAAACUUCUACCAAAUGGGGAAUUAUAAAUCUAGACCUACUCAAACUUGUACUGAUGAAUGGAAGAAAAAAGUCAGUGAAUCUUAUGUUAUGAUAAUAGAAAGAUUAGAUGAUGACCUACACAUCAAGGAAAAGGAACUUACAGAACUGAGGCAUAUAUUUGGCUCUGAUGAAGCCUUCAGUAAAGUCAAUUUAAAUUACCGCACAGAAAAUGGGUUGUCUCUACUUCAUUUAUGUUGCAUUUGUGGAGGCAACAAGUCACAUAUUCGAACCCUUAUGCUAAAAGGGCUCCGCCCAUCUAGACUAACUAGAAAUGGAUUUACAGCCCUGCACUUGGCAGUUUACAAGGACAGUGCAGAAUUGAUCACUUCCCUGCUUCACAGUGGAGCUGAUAUUCAGCAGGUUGGGUAUGGUGGCCUCACUGCCCUGCAUAUUGCUACGAUAACUGGUCACCUAGAGGCUGCUGAUGUGCUGCUGCAACAUGGAGCUAAUGUCAAUGUUCAAGAUGCAGUUUUUUUCACUCCACUCCACAUUGCAUCAUACUAUGGCCAUGAACAGGUCACCCGCCUCCUUUUGAAAUUUGGUGCUGAUGUAAAUGUAAGUGGUGAAGUUGGAGAUAGGCCUCUCCACCUGGCGUCUGCAAAAGGGUUCUUUAACAUUGCAAAACUCUUGAUAGAAGAAAGCAGCAAAGCAGAUGUGAAUGCUCAGGAUAAUGAAGACCAUGUCCCACUCCAUUUCUGUUCUCGCUUUGGACAUGACGACAUUGUGAAAUACCUACUCCAAAACAAUUCAGAAGUUCAACCCCAUGUUGUUAAUAUCUAUGGAGACACCCCUUUGCACCUGGCAUGCUACAAUGGCAAAUUUGAAGUUGCCAAGGAAAUCAUCCAAAUAUCAGGAACAGAAAGUCUGACUAAGGAAAACAUUUUCAGUGAAACAGCUUUUCACAGUGCUUGUACCUAUGGCAAGAGCAUUGACCUGGUUAAAUUUCUUCUUGAUCAGAAUGUCAUAAGCAUUAACCACCAAGGAAGGGAUGGGCACACAGGACUACACUCUGCUUGUUACCACGGUCACAUCCGCCUGGUUCAGUUUUUAUUGGAUAAUGGAGCUGAUAUGAAUCUGGUAGCCUGUGAUCCCAACAGGUCUAGUGGUGAAAAAGAUGAGCAGACAUGUUUGAUGUGGGCUUAUGAAAAAGGGCAUGAUGCGAUUGUCACACUCCUGAAGCAUUAUAAGAGACCUCAGGAUGAAUUGCCCUGUAAUGAGUAUUCUCAGCCUGGAGGAGAUGGCUCCUAUGUGUCUGUUCCAUCCCCCUUAGGGAAGAUUAAAAGCAUGACAAAAGAGAAAGCAGACGUUCUCCUCCUAAGGGCUGGAUUGCCCUCACAUUUCCAUCUUCAGCUCUCAGAAAUUGAGUUCCAUGAGAUUAUUGGCUCAGGUUCCUUUGGGAAAGUAUAUAAAGGACGAUGCAGAAAUAAAAUAGUGGCUAUAAAACGUUAUCGAGCCAACACCUACUGCUCCAAGUCAGAUGUGGACAUGUUUUGCCGAGAGGUGUCUAUUCUCUGCCGGCUCAAUCAUCCCUGUGUGAUUCAAUUUGUGGGUGCUUGCUUGAACGAUCCCAGCCAGUUUGCUAUUGUCACUGAGUACAUAUCAGGAGGUUCUCUGUUCUCCCUUCUUCAUGAGCAGAAGAGGAUUCUUGACUUGCAGUCUAAAUUAAUUAUUGCAGUAGAUGUUGCCAAAGGUAUGGAGUACCUUCACAACCUCACACAGCCAAUUAUACACCGCGACUUGAACAGUCACAAUAUUCUUCUCUAUGAGGACGGGCAUGCUGUGGUGGCAGAUUUUGGAGAAUCAAGAUUUCUGCAGUCUCUGGAUGAAGACAAUAUGACAAAACAACCUGGGAAUCUCCGUUGGAUGGCUCCUGAAGUGUUCACUCAAUGCACUAGAUACACCAUCAAAGCGGAUGUCUUCAGCUAUGCUCUGUGUUUGUGGGAACUUCUCACCGGUGAAAUUCCAUUUGCUCAUCUCAAGCCAGCUGCUGCUGCGGCAGACAUGGCUUACCACCAUAUCAGACCUCCCAUUGGCUAUUCCAUCCCCAAGCCCAUAUCAUCUCUGCUGAUGCGAGGGUGGAAUGCAUGUCCUGAAGGAAGGCCUGAAUUUUCUGAAGUUGUUAAGAAGUUAGAAGAAUGUCUCUGCAACGUUGAGCUAAUGUCCCCUGCAUCCAGUAACAGCAGUGGUUCUCUCUCACCUUCCUCUUCCUCUGACUGUCUGGUGAGCCGGGGAGGUCCUGGCAGGAGCCAUGUAGCCGCUCUAAGGAGUCGUUUUGAAUUGGAAUAUGCUCUCAAUGCAAGGUCCUAUGCUGCCUGUUCCCAAAGUUCUGGACAAUGCUCCUCUCCAGGCCUGUCUAUGGAGGAGAUGAAAAGAAGUCUUCAAUUCUCACCUAUUGACAAGUAUGGGUACGUAUCUGAUCCCAUGAGCCCGAUGCAUUUUCAUUCUUGCCGACAUAGUGGCAGUUUUGAGGACAGCAGCUGACAGCAUUUGGCAUAUACCUGAGGAGUGGUUUUCCACAAAACUGACAGCAACGAUUCAAACCAUCACAAGUUUGCUUCCAAUUAUAAUACUUUGUCCUCCAAGGUCUCCUUAAAUUGGCCUGUUUAUUUACUAGUCCUAUUUAAUUCCCUACCACAAAUUGGAGUUUAGGCUUGUAGCUAAUGAAUAAAUGUAAAAGAACCAAAACAAUGUAUUUGAAGAAUUGUUUUUAAUUUUGUAAUUGAAAAACAAAUGUAUAUCAUUACGUGAUAUGGGGCCUAGUGGUAAUCACUUAAUAAUUAUUAUGCUGUCUAGACUGAAUUGUGUAGACUUGUGUUUGAGAGCCAUAUGUUUGAUUUAAUACAGUUUUGUUCAUUUUUAAAAUUUCAUUAUGUUACUCUGAUUUUCAGUUCUGUGAUUAAAGAUUCUUUGGUGGCAUACAAAAUUGA